AUGAGGAAUAUAUUGUUUCUGUCACAACAGAAAUAUGCACAGGAAAUUAUAGAGCGCGCAGGUAUGGCCAGUUGUAAACCUGCGGCAACUCCAGUGGAUACUCAAUCCAAACUCAGUGCAGACUCUGGACCCCAGUUUCAUGAUCCAACACUCUAUCGCAGACUUGCAGGUGCUUUACAGUACCUUACUUUUACUCUCCCUGAUAUUACUUAUGCAUUUCAGCAAGUUUGUCUAUUCAUGCAUGAUCCCAGACAGGCUCAUUAUGAUGCUCUGAAACGCAUCAUACGAUAUAUUCAGGGCACCAUUGAUCACGGGUUACACUUAUAUCCUUCAUCUCCUACAAACUUGAUUACUUAUACUGAUGUAGAUUGGGGCGGGUGCCCGGACACUCGUCGUUCGACCUCGGGAUAUUGUUGUUUUCUUGGGGACAAUCUUAUUUCCUGGUCUUCGAAGCAUCAACCUACUCUUUCUAAAUCAAGUGCAGAGGCAGAAUACAGGGGCGUCGCAAAUGUUGUUGUCGAGGCUUGUUGGCUUCGUAAUCUUCUUUUGGAGCUACAUUGUCCACUACGACAGACUACAGUUGUUUAUUGUGAUAAUGUCAGUGCAAUAUAUUUAUCUCAUAAUCCCGUACAACACCAACGCACCAAACACGUCGAAAUGGACAUUCAUUUCGUUCGAGAAAAGGUGGCGUUGGGGCAAGUACGGGUCCUACAUGUUCCAUCUCGUUAUCAGUUUGCCGACAUCUUCACGAAAGGCCUACCUCGACAACUAUUUUUAGAGUUCAGAUCCAGUCUCAGCGUACGCCCUCCUCCCGCUACGACUGCGGGGGUGUGA